UCUGUAUGAUUCUACGAACUGAUUGACAGCGCCGAUCGGAACUAUUCCGAUGCUUCAAAAUUUAACGGUUAAGGGUCCGUCUAUGUAAUGAAGCAUAUCUUGGUUCAUCGCUGGGUGGCCCAAUAUAUGGUGAUAUAUGGCGAAUCGGCGAAGAAUGUAGUAUCUUUGACGGCUUAUAAUUUCCACUUUAACUGCGUGCCUACAGAAAGGAGGAUUAUUUACGGACGGGUGGUUAUCACUUUUUGGUGCAGCAAAUAUCCGGGAAAUGUUCUACGCUAACGGGGUUCAAGAAGAACGGCUAAAUCAAGACAAAGUGGACCCGUGCAGAAUAUCUUCCGCUUAUAUCGGAGUCUUGAAACGUUGCGUCUGACGCGAGGUACAUCGUCAGUUUUCCCCCACGUUUUCCCUUGAACGUCUCCCGAGAAAUAGUUGUCAGCCGAGGGUUAGCUUUUUUGAGGGAAGCAGGUUCUUCGAUGGCUGUGUGAAGAGGAAUUAAACGGAGAUGGAGGAGCCACUGCAAGCCAAGGAUGAGGCAUCGGCCCCGGAGGAACCAGUCAAGUCGGAAAAUGUCAUUCCAAAUGCAGAGGCGGGGGAGCGAGCCGACGGAAUCGCUUCACCGCCACCGAACUGCAGCAUCUGCCUUGGAAAGCUGAUCAACACUUCGUUUACCGACAGUUGCCUUCACCAGUUCUGUUUUGCUUGCCUUUUGCAAUGGUCCAAAAUUAAAGCAGAGUGUCCACUGUGCAAGCAGACUUUCAUGUCUAUUAUUCAUAAUGUACGCUCGGAGGAGGACUAUGACCUGUAUGACGUACCUCGCGAACUUGCUGCUACGCUUGACGUCAACUUUGACGUCGGAGUCAACGUGGACAUGGGAUCUCGUCGCUUUACCUACCGGACCACAAUGGCUAGGAAUCGGCGAUAUCACAUGGAGGUGGAUAGAGCGGACAGAGCGCAAAGGGAACAGCUUUGGAGAGAUGAACAGAAUCGGAGGGGAACUAAUUCCACAGAUUUUAGACGUAAUGUUUAUAGAAUGGGAAACUAUUCUAUUCCUUUACCUGACACAGGUCGUUAUCGGGAGUGCAGUGUUUCGUAUUACAGGAGAUAUCCUAAUGAGUUGACUCGACUCAUACCAUGGUUGAAUAGAGAACUGCAAGUUCUGUUAAAUGACAAUGCCCCUCACAUAGCAUACGUUUUGCGAAUCAUUAUGAAUACUCUAACUAGAUACGAUUUGAGGAGUCCAGAGUUCCGUGACUUAAUUCGUCCUUACUUUAACACGAACACGGACCAUUUUGUGCAUGAGCUUAUGAUCUAUGCUUGUGCUGGCUAUGAUCUGGUUGGUUAUGACCAAAACAUCUCAUAUCUACCACGUAACCUCUUUUCAAACAGAAUUGUACCGCAUAUAUCUCCCGUUCCACCAAGUUCCAGCAGAAGUAGUACUUCAUCUGAUGAUUCUGAAGUUAGAGUAUUGGAUGAAACAAUUAAUACAGCAGGACCAAGUAUUGAAGUGCCGAGCGUCGGACCCCACACAGUUGAUAUGCCAGGACCUAGUACCGUUGGUCAAGUCUUUGAUCCACCUCCUUAUGCCCCGGACUACGUUUUCACGAUCUCCUCAAAUUCCUCAUUGUCUGAAAACGAAUGCGAGGUCGUCGGAUACGUGAAACCUCGACAUGAAAGGACUCCAGAAAUCAUAGAUCUUUUGUCGUCAGAUGUCGAACAAGUGACACCUACACCUACUGUCGAAGAGCCUCAAGUACCUAGCCCCCUUUGGCCUGCAGAUCCGGGUCAUCCGAGCACGUCAUAUGAGAAAAAAUCAAAGUCCAGCCGAACAGUAGACCGAAAGGCGAACGAGCCUACAAGCCGCAACUACUCCUUGACCUCUUCAUCGGCAUCGUCUUCGUCGAGUUCAUCAAGCGACAGCAGCGAGUCGGAUUCCGAUAGCGAUUACGAUCCAAGACGAGGGAGACGCGGCAAGGCUCGAUCGAAAGGCUCCUCGAAGGGUUUGAAGGGUUCUAAGAGCUCGAAAUCAUCGAAGGGCUCUAAGACGUCGAAGACCUCAAAGUCAUCGAGGCCGUCGAAGACCUCGAAGACUCGAACGCGGGACAGAAAGUACUCCGAUGGGCUGAAAAGUCGUAGCAAAUCGCGUAGAAAGGGGACGAAAUCGUUGAUAUUGAGCAGCUCGGAUUCCGAGGCCACCCGGGACCUCUCCAGGGAGAGGAAGAAGAGGAAAACCUCGAAGACGCUGACCUCGGAUCAUUCCAGGAAGAGGAAGGCACUCUCCAGAUCGACUCCCAGCUCCUCCGAGGGAGAGAAACUCAGAAACGAAGACACCAAGAGCGGAAGCAAGGGGAAGACCGAAGAGCCACCUGCGGAAGGGAACCGACUGAAGGUCCGCAGCGACCUGGUGAAGAAAGAAGUGUACAAAGAAACUUGCUCGAGCAGCGAGCCGGCGGCCACCUGGCAUAGACGUUCACAUUCCCGUCGUCAUAUCUCCACCAGGACUCGAGUACGAGGCAGGUCUUCGAGGUCAAGGGACUCGAGAGAAUCGAGAUUCCGUUCCAGGAGGUCUUCUUCGUCGACUUCCUCCUCCUCGUCCUCGGGGUCUUCUUCCUCCUCGUCCUCCUCUACGAGUAGAGACUCCAAGCAGCGGGAUGAUUCCUCCAGGACCCUGAAGGGAGGAUCCUCUCGGUGGACAGACGACGAGACCCCAAGGGGAACAGGGAGGGCAGGCGAGAGCUCGAAAUCCGGGAAACCGAAGGAAGGGAAACUGGAGGACCCGGGUGAUGGGAAACCCAUGACGGUUGUGGCCGCUGCUGCCAGUUCCACCGUUGCUUCCAAUGGAGAGGACACUGAGAACACCAUCUCCAAUGACAAAGUGUCGGAUAGAAACUCUCGCCCUAGGUUAAGCAGUAAGUGUAGUGCUCGCAGCCUUAGUUCGGAGAGGUCUAGGUCCAGACACAAGGACCGACGCAAGGAGAGGUCCGGAAGGUCGUCUUGCACCAUUAGGAAGAUUAGUUGUAGCUCGGGUUCUUCUGCUUCGAGGACAGAAAGGUCUGCCGAACCAGCCAAAGGAUCCAGGAUUAAGCACUCCCAAAGCAAAAGCUCCUCGUAUAAGGAUCGCUCAAAGAAACUCAGGGACUCGAGGGUAAGGAACGACGGAGGUUGUAUCACCAGUGACAGUGAUUCCUCGAUCCUGGGGAAGGUCAAACCGAGGAGAAAAAAGCGUCAUAUUGGCUCUUCUUCUAGCUCUAGGGAAGGCUCCUCGCAUUAUCAUUUGAAUACCAAACGUAAUUCGGCUAUGGACAGGGCCAACAGGGCCAGCAGGAACAGCAACGGUAGCUUAAGUGAAUGCUAACGAGAACCUUUCGGACUCUCAAUGUCGAGCAGGACUACGACGAGGAAUUCCACAUUGCGAGGAAUAAUUAGAAGCAGGAAUCCUAAGACGGAAGGCAAUGCUUAGACUGCAGGCACUUUGUUUUCGGCUACGAAUCGCGCGCUUUGCGGAGGCAAGGAUUCUGGAAGAAGCUGACUUUAAUGGGAACCGCCCGAGGGUUUAUUACUAUAUUGGAUCGUUACAGUUGUUUCACUGUAAUUUCACCUCUUAUUAGUUGUAACCUCUCGUGCUUGUCUCUUUCUUAAAGGUACUCUGUUAGGAGAUGUGAGUGAGUCGCUUGCGUUACUACGGAAAAUUAAAGGGAAAUUAAUAUGCCAUUAUGUCGAACUGGGAUAAAAAUCUGAUUGUAUGUCUUUAUUUUGUCCUUCUGGCGAUAGAGGGCUAUCCCGUGCUAUAAUUCAUCUUCUGUAAUUGUAAUUCAUUACUUUUUACAAUUGCGGUUGAGAAUCGAAGGUGUUGAAGCGAUCGAAGCCUCCUGUUGGAGCUUUUUCUAACUAUUAGGUGUAAUGGGAAAGUUCUGUCACUCUUUUUUCUUAAGUGUGCGGGUGAGAAGAGGACAGUACUUUUCCUUACACUUAGUAGUUUUCUGCCUCGUGCCCAAAGAUACAGGCGAGGACGUAUGUAAUGACGUAUGUAAAUGUAAAUUCAUCGGACCAGACAUUUUAAAGAAGGUAGUGUUAAGGUGAAAUGAAACCCGUCGAGAAGUCUAUUCGACGUCGGUAAAAGUGAUUUUUUGACUCUCUACGUUACCGACGUUUAUAUUUAUAUUGACCGCUGUCUUGUACUACAUUGAAUAUUCCUACGGAAUUACGUACUCCAUAUAUCGUUUCCAUAGGAUGAUUAUAAAGAAAUCGAAGAAAAACAAGAAUGUCACCUGGAUUCAUGAUUUUUUAUACUCUAAGUAACUGCAGAGUACCACCUUUCGCCAUCUGUGCAUUUAAUGUCAAUUAAAUUUCAUUUCCGCAACCUCGCGUUACCUUCGUCUUAGCACGGAAGCUCGUAAGACACCUUUUAUUCACUUUUAUCCCGUUCAAAUCCGAAUUUCUCGAUUACAAGUGUUCCAAAUUGUCGUGCAAUUGUCAUGACAUUAUUCUUUCUCAUAUCAGACCCUUCAAUAAUUGUAUGAAAAAAAAUUGACCGAGAUCUGAAAGCUCGACGCCAUCUUUGGUUCUGGUCUGGGAUAAGAUAGAAAAAUUUCCUUUGAAAAUUUAUAUUUUGAAAGUCUCAAUGGUAAUUCUCAACAAUUACAAACUACAAUUUUCAACAAUGACAAACUACAACUUUCAACAAUGACAAACUACAAUUAUCAACAAUUACAAACUACAAUUUUUGAACAAUCACAAACUACAAUUCUUAACAAUUACAAACUACAAUUUUCAACAAUUACAAACGACAAUUAUCAACAAUUACAAACUACAAUUUUUGAACAAUCACAAACUACAAUUCUUAACAAUUACAAACGACAAUUUUCAACAAUGACAAACUACAAUCCUCAACAAUGACAAACUACAAUUUCCAACAAAUACAAACCACAAUCCUCAACAAUUAAAACCACAAUUUUCAACAAUUACAAACUACAAUUUUCAACAAUUACAAACCACAAUCCUCAACAAUUACAAACCACAAUCCUCAACAAUUACAAACUACAAUUUUCAACAAUGACAAACUACAAUUUUCAACAAUGACAACCAACAAUUCUCAACACGUAUAAGGGGGGUUUCACAUCACCUUAAAGAAUCACGAUAUUUCGGUAUAAAGUUUAUGUCCCUUGGUGAUGGCAUGUUAACAAUUGGCGGUAUGGAGAAACAUCAAGUAAUUAGGAAGUCAUACUGUUUAGUAUUUUACAGUGCGCCUUGUACUUUGGAUUAAAACUUUUUAUGUCCCUUCGUGGCAACAGCGAUUGUUAAUACAAUUUAAGAUUGGGGAAGUAAAGUUUCCAUGGAAUAA